CACACUAUGGCCGAACAGAUUUUGUUACCGCGUGAGGCGAGAACUCUUUUUCGACGUUGCGAGUUGGUGGGGAAGCUAACUUCCGGACUCUGUAGGGGGAAAAUGCAGGCAACUAUCGCAGUCUUCGACAGUGAACAUGCUGACUCUUUCGGCGAAUUUUGCAAGCGAAACAGCGCUCCUUGCUCACUUCUUUAUGUAAGUAAACUUGGAGAAGUGACAGCUCCUCCACUGGCUGAGGACAGCGAUGUUCGUACUGACUUAUCACGUUAUCGCGUAUGGCGCAGGGACAAGGAAGUGAAAGAAAUCAACUCACUUGUUGAAUAUCCCUGGCAGAACAAGGUUACAUUCUACAUCGGCUGCAGCUUUGCAUUUGAGAAAGCUCUUCAAGAUGUUGGAGUGCCUUUACGGAAUGUUGAACAGCAGUGCAAUGUGUCAAUGUACAGAACCAAUAUUUCAUGCAAGCCUGUUGGGCCUUUCCACACAAACAUGGUUGUUUGUAUGCGUCCGGUUCCUCAGAACUUGUUGAAAGAAACAUUUGAAGCAACACAAGACUUUGUUGGAGCUCAUGGAGCGCCAAUACACAUUGGUGAUCCAGAAGUCAUUGGCAUUGGAAACUUGCAUACUCCUGACUGGGGAGGCACACUCAAAUUUCAUGAAGGCGAAGUUCCUGUUUUUUGGGCAUGUGGAGUGACUGUCUUGGAAGCAAUAGCCUCAUCAGGAGUUGAUUUGGCAUUUACUCAUGCACUUGGGAGUAUGUUUAUAUGUGAUGUCUCUGUUGACUAUUGUGGGAUGUCUGUUUCUUCUAGUCCUGUUGCAAUUGUUAAUGUAUCGUCUCCAGCUCAAGAAUUUUCUGCUAGUGUCGUAUCAAUGCCAAUAGCUAGGAAAAUUAGAGACCUACAAAAUUGUCUUUUCAGUACAACCUGUAUUGAUGAUGAAUUGCUUGUGGCAGCAUGUUGUCUAUCACAUUCUAACCUGGUUGUGGUUGUGCUGCAUUGCUGUCUGAAUGGAGACGAGUUGAAAGGCUUUGGCGUUUUUCUGCGUGCUCUUGUUUGUUUGCCUGGGAAAACAAAGGUUUACAUAGAUGAAACGAAGUCUGACAUGCAUGCAGAUUUGGAGCAAUUGUUACAGUAUUGCGGUGUAGAUGAUGAGGUUACGUUGGUGACAGAUCUGGAGACUUUAUCUACAAUUCAGUUUGACAGCUUGAUAGUUGUUGGAAACCCUACUCGUCAACUAUUGGAAUGUUGGAAACCUGUCAUCUUAGCAAAAUGCCACAUUAUUGCAAUUGGACCUAGUUAUCUUACUGGUUUAAGAUCUGUUCGCAUUAGUGGAAAUUGUGUUGUUGCACUGGUGGUGUUGGCUUUGAGCAUUUGCUUGUUGCAGUCAUGUCCUAUCCAUGUCAGGUAUCUUGCCAGAGGCAUCUGUGAGGAGCCUGUGAAAGGCAGAGCAGUUACAGAUCAAAUCAUAUCUGAAAUGCAGGGACCUCAAUGCUUUGAGUCUUUACUAGCAAUGGCAGUAGAAGUGGUAGUAUGAUUGACUUUGUAUGAACUUGGAUAUAUGUUCACACACUCAGACACUUAUCAUUAAUUCACUUGGAUAUAGACAAUUCAAAUGCAUGUGUUUGUUUGUAGAAUGAAUGCACUAGUUUGACAGAAGGCAAGUAGGCACAGCUUGCAUUAUGGCAAUUGAUCAGUUGAAUGAUGUAUAUCUUUCAGAGGCAGAUACAGGUUUUGGAGGGGUUUCUGUUUGUUCACAAAAUGACCAUGGAAAUGGUGAUGUACUUAAUUACUAAAACAACCAUUC